GCGGCGGGGGAAGAUGGUGGAGGACGGAGCGGAGGAGCUGGAGGAUCUGGUGCACUUCUCGGUGUCCGAGUUGCCUAGUCGCGGCUACGGCGUCAUGGAGGAGAUCCGGCGGCAGGGCAAGCUGUGCGACGUGACGCUCAAGUGCCCUAGAGGCCCUAAUCAACUUUGCCUACAACGGCCACCUUGCCAUUGACCAGCAAAAUGUCCAGUCACUGCUCAUGGGGGCCAGCUUUCUGCAGUUGCAGAGCAUCAAAGACGCCUGCUGCACGUUUCUCCGAGAACGACUUCACCCCAAGAAUUGUCUUGGUGUGCGCCAAUUUGCCGAGACAAUGAUGUGUGCCGUACUGUAUGACGCAGCCAACAGCUUCAUCCACCAGCAUUUUGUGGAGGUGUCCAUGUCCGAAGAAUUCCUAGCCCUGCCCUUGGAAGAUGUGCUUGAGCUGGUGUCUCGGGAUGAACUGAAUGUAAAAUCAGAGGAGCAGGUCUAUGAAGCCGCACUGGCCUGGAUCAGAUACGACCGGGAGCAGAGGGGCACCUGCCUGCCUGAGUUGCUGUCCAAUAUCCGCCUGCCUCUCUGCCGACCCCAGUUCCUGUCAGACCGAGUGCAGCAGGAUGACCUGGUGCGAUGCUGUCACAAAUGCAGGGACCUAGUAGAUGAAGCAAAAGACUAUCACCUGAUGCCAGAACGCCGGCCUCACCUGCCAGCCUUCAGAACCCGGCCCCGCUGCUGUACAUCCAUUGCUGGCCUUAUCUACGCCGUAGGUGGCCUCAACUCAGCAGGUGAUUCCCUGAACGUGGUGGAAGUGUUUGACCCCAUCGCCAACCGCUGGGAGAAGUGCCAUCCCAUGACAACAGCCCGUAGCCGAGUGGGUGUGGCUGUGGUGAACGGGCUUCUCUACGCCAUCGGGGGCUACGAUGGUCAGCUUAGGCUGAGCACUGUGGAGGUCUACAAUCCAGAGACAGACACCUGGACCAGAGUGGGGAGCAUGAAUAGCAAGAGAAGUGCCAUGGGGACAGUCGUGCUGGAUGGACAGAUCUAUGUCUGUGGGGGCUAUGAUGGCAACUCCUCCCUCAACUCUGUGGAGACCUACUCACCUGAGACAGACAAGUGGACAGUGGUGACCCCGAUGAGCUCAAAUCGCAGUGCUGCUGGGGUCACAGUCUUUGAGGGCAGGAUAUACGUAUCGGGAGGCCACGACGGCUUGCAGAUCUUCAACAGUGUGGAGCACUACAACCACCACACAACCACCUGGCACCCGGCAGCAGGAAUGCUCAACAAGCGUUGUCGGCACGGCGCUGCCUCCCUGGGAAGCAAGAUGUUCGUCUGUGGGGGCUAUGAUGGCUCUGGCUUCCUCAGCCUCGCUGAGAUGUAUAACUCGGUGACAGACCAGUGGUGCCUGAUAAUCCCCAUGCACAGGCGUCGGAGUCGAGUCUCCCUUGUGGCCAGCUGUGGACGCCUUUACGCUGUGGGGGGUUAUGAUGGACAGUCAAACCUCAGCUCAGUGGAGAUGUAUGACCCAGAGACGGACCGCUGGACAUUUAUGGCCCCCAUGGCAUGUCAUGAGGGAGGAGUUGGUGUGGGCUGCAUCCCUCUCCUUACCAUUUAAGGCAAGAGUAGGAUGUAGUGGGGUAGGGAUCUGGUACAAACAUAGGCGCUUCCUUCCAGGAUCAAUCCCUUUCGGGAGAAGCAGUGAACCAGAACAUGGGAUGAAAUAUGAGCUCUCUCCAGAAGUACGUUUCUUCCAGGUGCUUAAGCUCUCCCUCGUUGUGCUGCCCUUGUGACCUUCAGGCCUAGGUCAUCAAUAUGCACAACAUGGGACAGAAGUCCCUCUGGUUCCUGGCAGCUUGUGACACGGAACUGCUCUGCUGGUCCACACCUACACCGGCUC